GGAGUGACCUGAUUGCAAUGUCAGCCCAAAAACUUUUUCAAAGUCACAAAAAGAUUGCGAAACACUUUGAAAUCAUAUCCCAGCAUUCAAGUUAGUACUCAUAAACUAUUCAGUGGCGUGAACACAUUCGUCUUCUUCUCCGCCUCUAUUUUUUCUGGAUAGCUCGCUUGAAAAAUAUCCUCCACAUGAAUGGAUAAUGAUCUCCGUCCAAUGCACGGAAGAGCAGACAAUGAGGCAGAGAUUGUGCUGGUGACACAGCGCAACGCAGGUGAUGCAAGGGACAGAAAGGCCAACAAAAGGUCACAGGUGAUUAGAUAGCCAAGAGCUCUGUUGGCAUCACCUCUGGCAUCAUUCGCCACUUAAUCGCAAUCAUUCUUUUUCUCUAUCUGCAUUGUUGCCCCUAAAGGUCUUCGGUCUUAUCUCUGGGGAUGACGAAGAGUGCCAGUGAGUUGAGGUCCUUCUCUGAGAUGCUGAGGCCUAUAUAAGGUUUGAGGCUGUCCAGAUAGAAACAGAAGUCGCACAGGCGCCUCAAGCAGUUUUCAGCCUUUGAGACAUCUACAGCAUCCGAUCACUUUGACCAUGUGGAAGGCAGCACUCUUGACCCUAGGCUUGCUGGUGGCAUUGGUGGACAGGGUACGGUCCAAUGAAGGCCACCCCUCUUUCUAUGGUGUGAAACUGUGCGGAAGAGAAUUCAUACGAGCUGUCAUCUUUACCUGUGGGGGUUCUCGCUGGAGGAGAAGCUUGGGAGACUCAGCUCUUACUGGAGAGGACGCCUUUGACCCAUGGAACACAAAUCCCAUCCCUCAACUUACCAGCGAGCAGGAUCCGGCAGAGUCCCAAGCAUGGAGAGAUCAAGCAUCGAAUGUGGCAUCUGUGGCAGCCGGAUUCAGCCGCUCAGCUCGCUCGCCAAUCUCAGAGGAGGUGCUGGAGGCUCUACGGAGUGCAGACAGGAAAGGACGGGAUGUAGUGGUCGGGCUGUCCAACGCCUGCUGCAAGUGGGGCUGUAGCAAAAGUGAAAUCAGUUCUCUGUGCUGAAACUUGUUUUUUUUUUUUUAAA